AUGCAUAUCUUGCACCUUUCCUGUAUAUUCCUAUUUGCGCCGGUUUUAUCCGGAUCGCUGACUUCAACAGUUGUGUAUAAAGUAGGGGUCCUAAUGGCCUCCCGUUUGGACUCCCCAUUCGAUCUGGAGCGCUGCGGGCCAGCUGUAGAUCUGGCUCUGGAUAAAGUCAAUGAGAAGUUCCUGGCGCAUCAUGGGAUUGAGCUGCAGAAGGUGCAAGGAAGCUACCCCUCAUGUUCCGGAGCCAUAGCCCCAGGGUUGGCAGCAGACAUGCACUUCAAGGACGAUGUGAUAGCCUUCAUCGGACCUGCCUGUGCCUUCGCGUUGGAGCCGGUGGCAAGGCUCGCGGCCUACUGGAACACGCCCAUCAUUACUGGGAUGGGAGAUCAGCCACCAUCGGAAGGGGAGUUGGCAGCGCCGGCCAGCGUCGUCAGUCGGAUGCAUAGGCUGAGGAAUUUACGCAAAGGGACCAGGCCCCAAACAUUGUUCAACGACAAAGGGAAGUAUCCGACAUUGACCAGGAUGUCAUACUGCCAGUGUCGAUUGCCUCGGGUGUUCACCAGCGUAUUCGAACGCUUUGGUUGGGCACACGUUGCCUUACUGCUUGACAAGUCCGACCUCUUUUCUUUAACCGUUGGUAAGAGCUUGGAGUGGGGUCUUCGCAAGAAGGGUGUUCUGAAGGCAGUGAGGGAACUGGACGGCAACGAGAGAGAAUCCUGCGAGGCCUUGCUAAAAGACGUCAGCAUGUACGCUAGAGUUGUAAUACUGAGCGUGCGCGGUUCUCUGGUGCGCGAGUUCCUGCUCGCUGCGCACGCGCUCGGCAUGACGCGAGGGGACUGGGCCUUCCUCGACGUGGAAAUCUUUCAGGGUGGCUACUGGGGCGAGACGGGCUGGGCGGCUGACGACGAGAGAGACACCGCCGCGCGCGCAGCCUACGAGGCACUGCUGCGCGUCUCUCUCAAGCUACCCACGGGCGACCGCUUCGACGAGUUCGCCGACGCCGUCCGAGCGAGAGCCAAGCAACACUAUAAUUAUUCCUUCUCGGAUGGUGAAGAGGUAAACUUCUUCAUUGGUGCAUUCUACGACGGUGUCUACUUACUGGGUAUGGCGCUGAACGAGACCCUGACGGAAGGUGGAGACAUCAGAGACGGGAGGAACAUCACCAGGCGAAUGUGGGGACGAGACUUCCAUGGUAUAACCGGCCACGUUCGCAUCGACGCCGUCGGUGACAGGGACGCAGAUUACGCCAUCUUGGAUUUGGAUCCCGUCACUGGGAAGUUUGAGGUGGUGGCAUUCUUCCACGGCCUCAACAGCAGCUACAAAAUAGACGCGGAGUUGAACAAUACCUCAUGGCGGGUCCGACCUGAGGAGGUGCUUGUAGAAGUCGGCACAGGUCUUGGAGCCAGUCCAGCGCUGCACAGCAUCAAUGAGCUGUCCCUGGGCUGGAGUGCUCGAGGCAGUACAGGAGCAGCAUCAACCCUGGGCACCCCUUCUCUCACCCUCUCGUCAUUCACUGUGGGCCUAUACAAAGGCAACAGGGUCGCUGUCAAGAAGAUACAUAGGAAGAAACUGGACCUUAAUAAAAAACUGCUGUGGGAGAUCAAACAGGCCCGUAACGUCUCCCACGAGAACACGGCACGUUUCAUCGGCGCGUGCGUCGACUGCCCACUGGUGUUCGUGCUCACGGAGUACUGUCCUAAGGGCUCCUUGAAGGAUGUCCUCGCGAAUGACGAACUACAGCUCGACUGGAACUUCAGGACAUCUCUCGUACAUGAUAUUGUGCAGGGUAUGUGCUACUUACACGGAGGGCUCGGCGCUCACGGCAAGCUCCGUUCCUCAAACUGCCUCAUUGACGGACGCUUCGUGCUCAAGAUAUCCGACUACGGGCUCAACACGCUGUGCACGCCCACAGACCUCAUCAAAGAUGACACCUAUUAUUACAAGCUACUAUGGACAGCGCCGGAGCUGGUGGCGGGUAGCAUAUAUCCUGGGGCUGCAGCCUCCCUCAAAGGCGAUGUGUAUAGCUUCGGCAUCAUACUGGAAGAGAUAGUCCUCAGAGCUGGACCCUUUCAUAAUUAUACGCCUACCAUGUCUAGUAAAGAAAUCGUAGGCCACGUGUGUGCUCGAGAGUCCCCUCCAUUUCGGCCAGUGGUGGGGGUGGGUGAAGUGGGUGCCGCGGCGGGUGGCGGGGGUGGGGCUGCUGUGGAACUCCUGGACUUGGCUGAACGGUGCUGGGCAGAGGCGGCUGAUGAUAGACCCAGCUUUGAUACUAUUAACGCUAAUUAUAUCAAGGGCUAUUGUGACAACCUGAUGGAUGAUUUGCUGCGUCGCAUGGAGCAGUACGCGAACAACUUGGAGUCACUCGUCGAAGAGAAGACUGAACAACUGUCACUGGAGAAACGGAGGUCUGAGGAACUGCUGUAUCAAGUACUGCCAAGGCCCGUAGCCCAACAACUAAUGGCCGGCGAGGUGGUCCAGCCUGAAAGCUUCGAGUGCGUCACAGUCUACUUCAGCGACAUAGUCGGCUUCACGGAGCUCUGUGCCGCAUCCACGCCCAUGCAGGUCGUGGACUUGUUGAACGACCUCUAUAGUACGUUUGACAGGAUUAUUGGCUCCUAUGAUGUUUAUAAGGUGGAGACGAUAGGAGACGCGUACAUGGUGGUGUCUGGUCUCCCGGAGAGGAAUGGGGACCUGCACGCGCGGGAGAUCUGCCUCAUGGCUCUGGCUAUUGUAGAAGCCGUGAGGGGGUUCGUCGUCAGACACCGGCCUACGCAUAGAUUGGAGGUUCGUAUCGGAGUCCACUCGGGCCCCGUCUGCGCAGGAGUGGUGGGCGUCAAGAUGCCUCACUACUGCCUGUUCGGUGAUACCGUCAACACUGCCAGCAGAAUGGAGUCUACUGGACAACCUCUCCGCAUCCAUCUUAGUGAAAACACCCGCGCAUUACUAGAACAAUGGGGCACAUUCGUGGUCGAGCGUCGAGGAGAAGUGGAACUCAAAGGCCGAGGGAGGAUGCUCACCCACUGGCUUCUCCACUGCUCAGACCCUGAAGCCAGGGCUCCUACACAAGGGUUACAACCACCUCCUCAAUACCCUAUCCUAUUUCCCGCUUUACCGCAGCCGGCACUCUCCCUACAGGUUCCUUAUUUAGUGGUUGAGCCCCCGACUUUAGCUGCUUGAAGAUCAAGUCUUGAGGAUUGAAUUCUGAUGGCCUACGUAGUAGAAGAUGGUAGAUGUGGAAGAGUAUCUACUUCUGAACUGGUCUGUAUAUUUAAAUAUACCUACAUCCAAAUCCCAUUACGUUUGGGAAUUGUCGAGUCUGCGAAAAUGUUUCUCGAUAGUUUAAAAAUAUCUCUCAGCAAGUCUGUGGAUCUGAAGUUAUUUGACAGUUGAAAAGACUCGUGAGGGGUUCUGGUUUUUCAGAUACAUGAUCAUUAUCAUAUGUUAAAAGGUUAUGGGCUUCCUAACUUAAGGUUCUAGUCAUAAUUUACUUAGUUGCUAUAGUCAUAAUCUACUUAGUUGUGUAUUAAAGUUUUGAUAUAAUUAUGACAUGUACGUAGAUUUUGGUCUUAUUGUUCGCAUUGGAUAUUUGCCAACAGCUCUUAUAUUAUUGUUAUUUAGGAGUACUGAAACUGUAAUUUAGUGCUAUAUGAGAGUAAUUGAAAUACGCAUAAAGUAACAUAUGUUUAUUAAACCUGCCUAAAUCUCUGAAAUUGCAAUAAAGCAAUCCAACCGUUAGACGUGCGCCUAAAAAACAAUAUCUAUGACAAAUGUCCAACAAUUUAUAUGAAACAGACCUCCAUAAAACAUAAAAUAUGAGGGGUAAACUAAAAAUAACGGCUGUGUUGCUCAAAUGCAAAUUUUACGAACGUUUUAUCCGUCUUCCACUAGUUAAUGACUUGACAGUGAUAUAACAUUUACAUUUUACAAGCUGGGACAUCACAAUGGGCAUUUAACGAGAACAUUUGCAUCUUGAGAACACGAGCGAACAACAUUUGUUACGUAUAGAUGCAUCUCUAUUGCAUUUCGGCGUCGCUCGGGACGAAAGUUAGACCUUUAUGAUACGACAAGCUUGUGUACACUCAAAUUAAUGUAUGGAGCGUCAAUUUUGAAUAGUUCCAUUGUCUUUGUUUAGAUUUUAAUUUAGUUUUGUGGAUUGAGUUUGUGAGUGAU